AACCAUUUCCAUGCAAAUAACUCACAAGUCAGAAACACUCUCUUCCUCUCAUUCAUAAAGUGUCCAUUUCCCCUUCAACCAAAGUAAAAGCUUUUCUUGAUUAAUAGAAAAAUUAUGGUGGUGGGUUUUCUUGCAGUAAGUUUUUUAAUGGUGGCAGCUUCAGCUGCAAAUGACUUCAACCAAAACUUCGACAUAACUUGGGGAGAUGGGAGAGCAAAAAUCCUUAAUAAUGGCCAACUCCUUACUCUUUCUCUUGACAAAACCUCUGGUUCUGGGUUUAAAUCAAAAAAACAAUACUUGUUUGGGAAAAUUGACAUGCAGCUAAAGCUAGUGCCUGGAAAUUCUGCUGGAACUGUCACUGCUUACUAUCUAUCUUCUGUGGGCUCAGCUCAUGAUGAAAUAGACUUUGAAUUCUUAGGAAAUCUUAGUGGAGAGCCUUAUAUUCUCCAUACAAAUGUGUUCACUCAAGGAAAGGGUAACAGAGAACAGCAAUUUUAUCUCUGGUUUGACCCUACAAAGGACUUCCAUACCUACUCUGUUCUUUGGAAUCCUCAAAGCAUUAUCUUCUCUGUGGAUGGGACUCCUAUUAGAGAGUUCAAGAACUUGGAAUCAAAUGGCAUACAGUUUCCAAAAAGCCAACCAAUGUGGAUAUAUUCUAGUCUCUGGAAUGCUGAUGAUUGGGCCACAAGGGGUGGGCUUGUAAAAACAGAUUGGACACAAGCCCCAUUCACUGCUUCAUAUAGAAAUUUCAAUGCACAGGCCUGCAUUUGGGCCUCUGGCUCCUCGUCUUGCUCCUCCUCCAAUUCCUCCAAGAACUCAUGGCUAACACAAUCUUUGGACACCACAGGCCAAGAAAGAAUCAAAUGGGUGCAAAAGAACUACAUGAUUUACAACUAUUGCACUGAUACCAAACGCUUCCCUCAAGGAUUACCUAAAGAAUGUUCCUUUGCUUGAAUUAAAUUAUAGAAAGUGUUCAAACUAUAUACUUUCUCUUUGUAUUUUGUCAUAAAAUUUGAGUCUUUUUGGUGUUUGUUUCACUCUUUUUUAUUGUCUUUUAUAUAGCAAAAAUGUAAUUCUUCAUGCCAAAAUUUCUUUUUUUUCCCCCCCAAUAUAAAACCUUAGAAGAGCUUAAGUAGGCUAAUGAAGUGAUUACAUAUGAUUAAAUAUUAAUUCAAAGAAGAAAAAAACUCAUCCAUAGACUUCUUAUUUAAAAA